GCAGGUUCUGUUUUCCCAACUCUUCUCUGGUUGCUUGACUCUUGUCUUUGCAGGAACAAAGCAUGGCAACUGCUGGAAAGGUUAUCAAGUGCAAGGCGGCGGUGGCCUGGGAGCCUGACAAGCCUUUGGUGAUUGAGGAGAUUGAAGUAGCUCCUCCUCAGGCCAAUGAGAUCCGUGUCAAGAUCGUAGCGACUGGUCUGUGCCACACGGACCUGUACCACCUUUUUGAAGGAAAGCACAACGAUGGUUUCCCAGUAGUCCUGGGCCAUGAGGGAGCUGGCAUUGUGGAGAGCGUUGGACCUGGGGUCACCGAAUUCCAGCCAGGAGACAAAGUGAUUCCACUGUUUGUCUACCAAUGCAAAGAGUGUCGCUUCUGCAAGAGUCCUAAGACCAACCUGUGUGAAAAGGGAUGGUCCAGACUUCGCUACAGUGUGAUGUCGCCUGAAGAAAGCAGGUUGACCUGUAGGGGCAAGAAGGUGCUGCAGUUUAUGGGAACCAGCACCUUCUCUGAGUACACUGUCGUCAACGAAAUGGGUUUGGCUAAAAUCAACCCUGCAGCCCCUCUGGACAAAGUCUGUCUCCUUGGCUGUGGGAUCUGCACAGGAUACGGAGCAGCUGUUAACACUGCCAAGGUGGAACCAGGCUCCACAUGUGCUGUGUUUGGCAUGGGAGCUGUGGGUUUGGCUGCGGUCAUGGGCUGCAAGGCUGCAGGAGCCAAGAGGAUUAUUGCUGUGGACGUCAACCCGGAGAAGUUUGAGAAGGCCAAAGUGUUUGGUGCCACCGACUUUGUGAACCCAAAGGACCACAGCAAACCCAUCAGCAAAGUGCUGGAGGAGAUGACCAAUGGAGGAGUGGACUUCUCCCUGGAAUGUGUCGGGAAUGUUGAAGUCAUGCGCAGUGCCUUGGAGUCCUGUAUGCAGGGCUGGGGUGUCAGCGUGAUGGUUGGCUGGACAGACAUGGCUGACUUUUCAGCCCGACCCAUUCAGCUGAUUGCUGGACGCACAUGGAAGGGCACUCUGUUUGGAGGUUUUAAGAGUAAGGAUGGCGUACCUCAGAUGGUGAAUGCCUACCUGGACAAGAAGGUGAAGCUGGAUGAGUUCAUCACUCACAACCUGACUUUGGAUCAGGUCAACGAUGCCAUUGAAAUGAUGAAGCAUGGCCAAUGCAUCCGGACAGUCAUGAGCGUUUCUCCACAAUGAGACUGAUGGCCCCAGUGUCGCUCUCAGUAAUCCCACAACUAUUCAGCAACCAGCUAUUUCAACAAUGCAAUAUUCACACAUGUAACACCAAACAAAAGCAUGAAGACUGCAUAUAAUAAAGAGAUUAUUGAAAUUAUGCACAAAACACAUGCAUGACAUGGAACACUCAAAGAUAAAUGUAUGGCAUAAUGAGGAAAAAUAUCAAACAUUUAUUCUGCAAUAUUCUGCAAAGAAACUUCAAUUGUCAAUGUGUUAUGACCAAAAUAAAUGGCUUAAAUAUAUGGGAUAUAAUAUCAUUAAUCUCAGGCGUAUGGAAUAUGCAUACAUAUUCAACAGUUUCCUUCGGAGUUCUCUGAUGAAUUUAUUUGUAGUCCGGCACAUGUAUUUUAAGUUUAGAUCAGCAUUUGACCCUGCCAAACUGUUUAUAUUGUUCAGAUUAUUCAAAUUAUGCACAAUAUACAUAUCCGACUUUGAA